CAAGAUUACCACUUUCUGAUAUGUUUAAUUUCGAAAUAAAUAAAUACAUUCCCUACGUAGUUGUCACCGUAAUUCUUUUAAUUGCACUUAUUCCGAUAAAUCAAUUUAAAAAUCUCAGAAUGAUAAUAGCUACAAUUUUGGGAAUAUUCACAAUAUUUAUUUUUCCACCUCUAUUCCUUUAUAUGACACAAGGCUUCACCAAGCUCACAAUAGUUGAUAUAGGAAGAACAGUUAGAGUUUCAGUUCGUGCCAAUGAUACAAAUCCAUGGAAACCUGUAGAGGAAGGAUUAGAUGGCCGAAUGAUGCUAAUGAAGUCACUUAAAUUUUUUCAAGUAAAAUUUAUGCUUGUUCCCGAAGAAACAACUCAUCCAUGGACUCUACCACCAAAUUUACAAAAUGCCUUUGAAAAACUCACGAGUGCUGAGGUUAAACUUCCUGCUCAAAAAAAAGACUCUAUAAUGAAUUAUAUUAAUCACAGACUGUCUUUAAUUCAAUCUAAACUCAAUUCAGAAGCAGCAUGCACCUCCACCGUAGCAGCUGCAAAAUUCGUGACUAUAUUAACUCCAAAUAUUGUACCCUUUAAACCACCAAGACAACACCCUAAUACUAAAUCAACAACUAAAACUGUAGCUGUUGCUGAUCCACUACCAACAAUUGAAAAUAAGAUUAUAUUACAUGUGAAUAUUGAACAACUGAAGGCUAUAUCAACUAUUGUGAGCUUGGUGAAGCCUUAUACUCGUAAUCAUCCAUUGUGGAACCCUGAAACAUUUUCAGGUCAUUUGAGUGAUGAAAGUGGACAAUUGUCUAAAUUUAAGAAAAAAUUUGGUGAAGAAAUUUACGAUUUAGAUUUUGUUCAAUCCGAAGGAGCGUUACCAGAGAUUACUAGUCUCAAAAGUUUGAUUCAACCAAGAAUUAAAGAAGUAAAUGAAGAAAGUUUCUUUUAUGAAAUAUUUGAUUCAGCUACUUCAGGUGCAGAUAUAGGAAGAACAGUUAGAGUUUCAGUUCGUGCCAAUGAUACAAAUCCAUGGAAACCUGUAGAGGAAGGAUUAGAUGGCCGAAUGAUGCUAAUGAAGUCACUUAAAUUUUUUCAAGUAAAAUUUAUGCUUGUUCCCGAAGAAACAACUCAUCCAUGGACUCUACCACCAAAUUUACAAAAUGCCUUUGAAAAACUCACGAGUGCUGAGGUUAAACUUCCUGCUCAAAAAAAAGACUCUAUAAUGAAUUAUAUUAAUCACAGACUGUCUUUAAUUCAAUCUAAACUCAAUUCAGAAGCAGCAUGCACCUCCACCGUAGCAGCUGCAAAAUUCGUGACUAUAUUAAGUACUAUGUUUGUUCAAAAACACGUUGUUUAUAUUCUGACACAAGAUUGA